AUGGCAAGCACUUCAGCAGUCGUCGUCGAGGUGCCUCGUCGUGGAUUAGCACGUAGACUUCCCGAUCCGGCUAGUAAAAAUUACGUGCUCCAUGAUGCUGGAUCACCGUCGACCGCCCGUGCAGAAAAGAAGCAAGGAAUAAUUGGUGGGAAUUGCGUAGUCGACGAAAAUACUUUUCAAACUACGUUGGAGUACUUCCUUGCUUCGUUAUGUGAUCUACAACGAGCGGUGACAGCGGAUCGAUUUGGUUUACGUUAUUCCAAAUCGUUAGGAAGAGGAAAAAUGGCUGUAAAAACACGGCUAAUAUUUCGGUUUUACGUUUUUCUGUGCUGCUAUAAGGGAAGAGAAUGUCCAAGUAAUCCUGAAGUCACCGAACUCCUCUCAAAACUCGAACACUGCCGAUUUACGACGCGUGAUGUGGUGCAGUCGCAUCCAAAUAUUAUUCUUUCAGUUCUUAAAGAAAUGUUCAUGAAUCUACCGCCAGUGUUUGAAAAUGAAGAAUUUUUGAGUCUUUCACAAUCUGCUUCUCCGGAACUAGUGAUUUGCUAUUUAAGCAGUUCAAUCGAUGCUCUACCAUUGCCAAAUCGUCAGCGAGCUUAUCUUCUAUGUUGUUCGCUACGAAAUUUACUCGAUUUUACGUCACAUCGAGGAGAAUCCCUAACUGAUCUUCUAAUGCUUUUCACUCCGGUGCUUUUCCCAAGGUGCACAAACACUACGGAAGUAUUCCUGAGAGCGUGUCGAGCGUUGCUAGUGAUGAUCGAACAAAACCAUCUAGUUUUCAAGAAAUCAUUCUCAUCAUCCGGAAUUGAGGAGGACUUCUUAGGAGAUUUGUUGAACUCUUUGGAUUGUCUUCAAUUCGUCGACGUUGAUGGUGGUGGUAGUUGGCCAGAAAUGGAUGCACCAAUCUGUGAUGAUGAGCCUGUAAUCGAAAGAGUGCCACUGAAAGACUCUCAACCUUACUAUACUCUUGCAUAUUGUGACUAA